CGGGGGAGCGCGGAGCGGCCCCGGGGAGCAUGGGGCGGGCGGCGGCCGGCACCGCGCUGCAGACCCUGUCCCUGUGCCUCCUGCUCGCCGCCAGCCUCGCCCAGGACCCGGCACCAGAGAGCUGCAACUGCACCGAGCCCCUGGACUUCGAGGCGUUCCGGGCUGCUCCGCUGGCCGAGAGCUGCUGCCUCAACUUCAGCAGCUCCAACGUCACCCUCCUGGACUGGGGGGCUCUGGUGGGGGUGCGGGGGCUGCGGGAGCUCGACCUCUCGCACUGCGGCAUCGCGGCCAUCAGCAACGCGCAGGGCGUCCCCCCCGCCCUGGAGGUCUUGCACUUAAGCCACAACCAGCUGGAAAGCCUCCCGGGGGGCUUUCUGGAAGAUGCCCCGAACUUGAAGAUCCUCUACCUGGACAGCAACCAGCUCCGGGAGCUUCCCCAGUCCUUCCUGAAAGCAUCAACUCGGGUGCAGGAGGUCUACCUGGGCUAUAACGCCCUGACUUCCCUCCCCAGCAGCCUCCUGCAGCCGUCCCUGCUCCAGCUCCAGGUGUCCAACAACAGCUGGGACUGCAGCUGCGCCCUGCUCAGCACCCUGCAGGCCCGGCCCAGCCUGGCCGCCGGCCUCACCUGCCACACGCCGGAGCGGCACCGCGGCGCCGAGCUCCGCAGCAUCCCCCGGGACGAGCUGUGCCGCUCGCACGGCCUCACCGCCCUCUUCAUCUGCCUGCCCCCCCUCCUCCUCCUCGCCAGCAUCGCCUGCUGCUUCUGCAGGAGGAAGAGGAAAACCAACUACAGCCUCGGGGGCAGCCACCCCGCCGCCACCGCGGAGAGGGGCAGCGCGCCGGUGCCCCCCGAACCCCACCGCUACGUCCCCUACGAGCUGCCCGCUGCCCCCUCUGAGAAGGAGAAGAAGGUGCUGCUGGGGGGGGCGGCGCUGCUCCAGCCCUCCCAGGACCCUCUGGAGAGCAGCAGGGACCUGUACGAGGAGGUGGAGAUCCGGGUGGGAUCCCACGUGCCGCCACGCGACGGCGAGGGGCUGGGCACCCAGCGGGGAGCCCCAGGAGCUGGGGGGGAGGAGCUGGGGGGCAGCGGGGCAGAGGGGGACACGGUGAGCGUGAGCGACGUCCUGAAGGACUCGGCUGACCGGGAGAUCAUCUACAUGAACCAGGCGACCAACUACUACAACCUGGUGCCCGGCAUCGAGCUGGAGGACUCGGACAACCUGGAGUAUGAGAACAUCGACCUGCACUGAAAGUGGGCGGGAUACGGGACUCCGGGGGCAACAGGAGGUGGCUGUGGCUGGGAGAGGCUCGAGCUGUCCUGCCGCGGCUUGCACUGGCUGGUUGUGAAGCUGCACCCCCAAAUUCUUCCCCUGCCCCCUGCGAUCCCACAUUCGCCCCUUGCCACAUGCUGCGGCUGGGCAGGGCUGCGAGCGGCUCUGGGCACCGGGGGCUCUCUGCACGAGGUUUUUGGGGACACAGGAAGGACGUGGAGAGGAGCUGGGGGCUGCCCCGUUUGAUUUUUAGGGCCAGGUGGCAACACUGUGUGUGCCAGAGCUGCUGACCAGGGCUCUGUCCCCUCUGCAACCAGCUGGCACCGGGCACGGACCCACUGCCCCCCAGCCUGCGUGUAUCAGGGUCUGGGGACAAGAAACGUGGUCUGCGUGUGGGGUCCUGUGUGGGAUUGGCAGGGUCUUGCUGCAAAGGGGAGCCUGCAGUGGCCCUGCCUGCUCCCCCAGCACAUGCACAUCUGCUGUUUGCACGAGUGCCUGUGCACACGCGUGUGCAAGGACUGGGCACGGAUGGACCUGCUCGUGCCAGGCCCUGCUCAGCAAAAGGCUUUUGUUUGCGGGGUGUCCAUAGGGUGCCACCGGAGCAGGGGGGUGCCCCUCACAGCCUUCCCUCCCCGAAGUGCUGCCCAGCCCUGCAGGAGCCAGCUCCUGAUGCGAAAUAAAUCAUUUUAUUCCUGGCA